AUGACUUGUGCAGCAGCACCUGAUGUCUACCGCCUCCGCUCAGCAGCGCCGACCUUCUCAAACGAACGCGGCCCAGGAGCAUUUGCAUCUUUGGGCUCUCUGCCCAGACGCAAAUCUCAUUCUCCCUCCUUCCCCCACGGUCGCAAGUCACCCGCAUUUCAUAUCCACGGUACUGAUGACCCUGAUGACCGCUACUUGUCCUCAUCAGACUCCCCCGACGAGCAGACCACCCUGACUGACCCCCCACAAAAAUUUUCACAAGGAGCUUUACAAUUGCAUCCGUCUGUUCCCUUUCCCCGCCGCUCUCCCUCUCCCCCUUCCCUAACACCUCUUUCUUCACCCUCAAUUACCUCUCCUCGAACACAGUCUCGUGCAUCAUCUACAGCUCGAAUUCUUCCCAACGGAAAACCACUCAAAUCAUCACUCAAAUCCUCAUCUUCCACGCUCUCCACGCUCUCCAUCCCUUCUCCUCCACUUGAACUCCAGCGCAAUAGUAAUCAUCUCCACUUGCGUUCCAAAUCUGAACCAUCCACCCCUACUUCUCAUGCACCAAAAAAUGUCCACUUCCCAGACACUGAUGUCGGCCUGGCUUCUAUCCGCAUUUUCAGCCGCUCUGCCCGUCCAACGGCAGUCAGCACCCCUGAAAAUCCCAACGGUGAUGAAACAGAGACCGAAGGCGAGGACCAACCAUCAAACGGAUUCCCCUUCCCAAAAUUCCCUUCUCAGAACCCGAAUUUCGAGAUGGACACCGCUAAUUCAUCAGUAGUGCCCGUUACUAAUCACCCCUCUCAUGCAAACGUCCUAAUCGAGUCUCUCCAUUUCUCGCAUGCUUCGUCAAAUGGCGUCAACCCACAUUUAAGCGGUACUCUUCUCGUGCGCAAUCUGGCAUACGAGAAACAUGUCGCUGUGCGGUUUACCCUUGAUGAAUGGCAGACUGUCAGCGAAGUGAGAGCGCAAUUUGUUGCUUCUGUUCCAUCCCUUCCAUCCGCAUUUUCAUUGUCUGCCUCGUCGAAAACAACUGUUGGCGACCUCGUCGCUCUGGAUGCAAACAACACCGGGUGGGAUCGCUUUUCGUUUAUGAUUCGUUUGGAAGACUAUGCACACAGCUUGGGGUCGCGAGUGUUGUGGCUCGCUGCGCGUUAUAGGUUGCACUCGACGCAUGUUGUUUCAUCGACGGAAGUUUCAGGCCCUGGUGGUGAAUGGUGGGAUAAUAACAAUGGCGGAAACUACCGUGUUGCUUUCCGCACAGCGCGACCAACGCCUAACAGAGUCCGGAGAGACACAGCGCCUGAAUCCACCGUACCUUCUAUGGCGACAAUACCCACGUCCCGCGACCAACAUGCUCCCGGCUCGUUUGUUCCGCAGUUCAGUUCAAGUCCAACCUUGGCAUUUGGACACGAUAUGACAUUCUUGUCCUCGCCCACAAGAGAUGGAAAGGAGAAAGUUUUACUACCAUCGCGGUCAGGGAAGCUCCGUCUCCCUAACUAUGCUGCACCUCCGGUAGUCUCCCCAGUCUCCCCAACUUCCUCUGCAACUUCAGUACCUGCGCAGCGCUCUAAUUCUCCACCCUCACUCUCCUCGUCGACCCAACGCCCAGCACUCCAAGUGCCUGUCUCACAAUCACACGAUUACGACUCCCCUUCACCUGCAUCUUCAACGCUCUCGACGCCCUCUGCAUCACCCAAUAUCGUCCCGCGCGUUAUGAUCGGUGGGCACCCUGCGAAUUACGCACGUCCUGAGCAGUCGCACAUUGAUGACUGGGAGUGGAUGGCGCCGCCAACACGCGCUGUGAUGUCGAAGCGGCCGAGCGUGCAAAGGAGUGUGACGGAUGGGCCAGCUGGUCUUAGCGGAUCUGGCGUGCCUGGAUUGCCUGCAAGAGCCAAAUCGUCUUCGGGACCACCCGGGAGUGAUGGGCUAUCUGGAGAUUCGCUGUAUAAUGCAUUUGUGACGCGUUGGUGCUUUGCGCAGGGGACGCCUACUGCGGGCGCGAGUCCGUAUCAUGGGUCUCCGUCUGGUGGCGACGAGGGAAUUUUAGCGUGA